GAGAGAGAGAGAUCUGUUGAACUAUUCUAGUAUAAUCCCUACGGUUGUGUUAAUGUAACUAGUAGCCUUGUUGAACAGAUGCUCUUGUUUUGGCUUGCCCUUGUGUGUGUGUGUGUGUGUGUGUGUAGUGCGUCUUAAUUAAGUGGCCGGCGUGGAGGAUGGGGACUGUUGCAACACUGAAGGGCUCUACACAGUAGAUCCUGAGCCUCUCUAUGUAAACGGGCGUAUCUGCAAAACAUGCAAGCAGACUCUGCCGCUUGGCUGUGUUAACAACACACCGCUGACUCCACUCUCCAUGCCUUCUCUCCAGAGCUUUCACCCCAUACAUGCACCCCUCUCUUGUGUUCGCCAGGGAGACGGGAAGGUAGAAGGGGAGGCGGGCGGGUGUGGCUUGCCAUUUCUGCACCCAUGGCUGCCGCAGGAGACCCAGUGACAUAACUAUGUUCAUGUACGCAGGGAUUUUGUGAAAAAAAGGAUGAAAGCUUUCUCGUUCGUUGAAAAGUGUGUGGCAUAAUGUAACCAGUAUGGACCGUCGCAUUUGGCUGGAAUUUCCCCGGCGGAGAGCGAUGUGUUGGUGCGUUGAGCAGUGCUCGCGGAACUAUGUGGCCACGACCUGAGGCUGAGGGAAAUAUUGGGUGGUAAUGUGUCACGUGGUAGCGUGCGUACUGUGUUAGUGGCACCGGUGCUUAAGAGGAGGUUUUAGAAGACAAAAUAGAAACUUUAGCAUGACACCACGUGCCAGCUCAUAGCCAGCCAUGGGGUCCACGUUAGGCUGCUCGAGGGACGCAGGGGCCACCAUAUCCGUCCAGCCAGCUCCCGCCGUCCCCGUCUCUGAGGAACUGUCCCCGGAAGGCAAUCCUCGGAACAAGACUGCCCUGAAGCCUGGCCGCAGUCUUAUGGACUGGGUGAAGCUGGGCCACUCAGGAGCUGAUCUUGCUGGCACCAAGGGCACGCUGCUUGAUGUCACACCGCAGGAGCUCGCCAAACACAACAAGAGGAAUGAUGCGUGGAUGGCACUCAAAGGCAAGGUGUACAAUGUGACGCCCUACAUGGAGUUCCAUCCUGGUGGUGAAGAGGAACUGAUGCGCGGUGCUGGACAAGAUGCCACACACCUCUUCAAUGAGGUGCACAAGUGGGUCAACUUUGAGGGUAUGCUGCAGAAGUGCCUGGUGGGACGGUUGGUAGAGAGCCGUCCUUUCUUCCUUAAACCUUCUUUCCUACCUUUAGGUCGCAGCUCACCCAAGACUCUCAAUGCUACAGAACAGAAGAAUUCUUUAUCAGUUCCCAACACAAAUGCCCAGACAUUGCCCAGUGCCACAUCUCCACUGGUGUCCCCACUCACUCCAUCACCUUUACCCAGCCCGAAAUAUGACUGGUUCCAGACCCACACAUUGAUCAACCUGGCAGUGUACACCCGUUGGAAACACAUGACCAAGGAGCGUGUUAUGGUACUGAAGCGGGAGGCGGUGGUGAAGGUGGUGUGCUACAUUCAGGAUAUGGUGUAUGUGGUGCACCUGGAGCUGGAUAAGGCUGUGUCUCAUGAAUUUGAGGUGAGGAUAGGUGGCAGUGCAGGGAAGGUGGACAUUCUCCUCCAGAAGCAAGAGACAGGAGUGCGGUGGAGUCGAGUGGGCAAGACGCUGCCUGGCCACGGUCAACACAUCAAAGGCAAAGAUAUGGAGGGCAAGAGGGUGAAGCUGCCCUUAUACCAGGUGUCGGAGCUGGAGUACUUCAUUUUAUCUGAGGAUCCUGGUGGGGAUGAAGUAGGGGUGGUGAGGGUCCACCACCACCCUCUAUGCCUGGAGCCACCACUCCCCACCACCCAAUGCAAGACACCUCCUCUACCCACCUUCACCACCACCAGGCCACAGCCCUCCACCUCCGACUUCACCGCACUCCCCUCCACCUCCGCCUUUCCCUCACAGCCCUCCACCUCCGCCUUUCCCUCACAGCCCUCCACCUCCGCCUUUCCUGACUCAUGCCCUACACAGUAUGUGGCUAGGAGUCAACAACCCUUGUCAAAUGGCAUCCACAAAGAUUCAUUGUUGUUGGCGGUUGGAGAGAUUGUGAAGCCUUACACUCCUGUGGCCUCAUCUCUGUCUCUUACCAACCAAGAAGAGCCAGGUCGUCACAUCCACCUCUUCAUCAAGGUGUACAGUGAUGGAGCCUUGACCCCUAUUCUGGAUGCACUGCCUGUAAGCUCCACCAUAGAAGUGAGUCUUCCACAGGGAACCUUCUCUCACGACCAGCUGAUGGCUGCCACCACCACCGCCUCCCAUCUAGUCCUCCUGGCAGCGGGCACAGGUCUCACUCCCAUGGUUAAACUGAUGCUGCCUGUCCUCAGGAAUAAAAAGAAUGUUCACCUUAUCCUUUUCAAUAGAACAGAAAAUGAUAUCCCUUGGAAGCAAGAGUUUGAAAGCCUGAUGGAAGAGAGCAGUAGUCUGUUAAAGGUGAGCCAUGUGUUGUCUGAGGGGAGCUCCUCCUGGACUGGCUUGAGGGGCAGGAUAGACAAAAGCUUGCUUGAAAAAUUAUUGCCAGAGAGCAGCCAACAACAGACAACCUACAUGUGUCUAUGUGGCCCAACAGAAUUCACCAAAUUAGGCAUCAGUCUCCUUGGUGACCUUGGCUACAGCAGUGAUGCCUGUCAUGCCUUCUUGGGAUGAGGAUAAGCAGGUGGCACUGCAUCUGCUCCUCCUGUGUGGUUUGGCACACACACACACACACACACACACACACACACACACACACACACACACACACACACACACAUACACACAAACACACACACACACACACA